AUGAGGCUUCAGAGUAAGAGUGGGGAAUAAAUAUUAAAGAAUAAAGCAAAGAAUGAUAAAGAAAGUUACAAAAAAAAAGAGUUUUCGAUCAGUUUAAGAAAGAAAUGGUCUCUAGAAGAAGAUAAAAAAUUAACAACUUAUACGACACUCUAUGGUCAUCAUUGGCUUAAGGUAGCACAAUAAAUGGAAGAAAGAAAUGCUUCUUAAUGUUGUUAAAGGUGGAAAAGAAUAAAAAAGUGCUUAGGUUUCAAACCAAACAAGGCUAAACGAUGGACUUAAAAUGAGGAUGAUGCGUUAUUAAGAAUUUUUAAAGAGAUAGGUCCAUAGUGGAAUGCUAUAGCUAGAUAAAUGAAGAUCAAAACAGGUAAAUAGGUGAGGAGAAGGUAUAAGAAUUUCCUUGAUCCAAAUCUUAAUCAUGGACCUAUCAAUGAGGCAGAGGAUGAAAGAAUAUUUUAGAAUUAUCUUAAGUAUGGAUCCUAAUGGAGCAAAAUAGCAUAAGAAAUGCCUGGAAGAUCUGUAUAAUAUUGUUCAUUUAUAAUUUAGGAAAAUAUGGUAAAAAAUCGCUUUUAUUCAUAUAUUAAGGAGAAAUACCUAAAUCAACCUAAUCUGUAUUUCAAAGUCAAACCACUUGACCAAGAAAACUUGUCAAAAGGUUCAAACAUAUUUCAUUAAUUUAAACAUGAGUCAUAAGAAUAAAGACAUCUUUAAGAUAUAUUUAAUGAUUCUAAUGAGAUUGUCGAUAACAAUUAAUCGAGUUUUUUUUGGAAUUAAGAAUCAAAAGCUCAAAUCCAUUACCUAUUCAAAUGA